GUACAGACAUAAAACACGCAUAUUCGAUAGCGGCAAUUUGUAAUUAAUUAAUUAUACGAUAAACAGCUUAAGGAAAAACUGUCUGUGAUAACGGUGCACUUAAACAACAUAAUGAUUUUAAAUAAAACUGAACAAAAUAGAAUUUAAAUGAACGUCCCGUCACAUAAUAAUAAUAGAAGUAAUAAAAAGUCAAUCAAUACAAUAUGGAAUCGGUGAGACGAACUUUACAGCCAAAUCCCCGGGAAAAGGCAAACAUAAUAUCGGUGUUAUUGUUCUGGUGGACUGUCGGUAUAUUUAAAAAGGGGUACAAAAAGGUUCUGGAACUUCAUGAUUUAUGCCAACCAUUGAGUGUAGAUCAUUCCGAAAAGCUUGGCAAUCGUCUAGAUGUAAAAUGGCGGAAACAAGUAAACAGCCCUGGCCGGCCAUCUUUAAUUUUAGCAAUCGUAGCCACAUUUUGGCGAGAAUAUUUACUGCUUGGAUGCAUUUGCAUAUUCAAUGACAUUUUCAUUCGCUUAGCUCAACCAUUUUUACUCGGUCGCCUGUUGCUAUACUUUAGACCUAAUUCGACUAUGCCCCAUGAAGAAGCCGUGUAUUACGCUGUUGGAAUUGUUGGCCUUAAUGCUCUCAGUGCCAUUGUGAUUAAUCAAUUUUUUAUAGGAGGAUUCCACAAUGGCAUGAAGGUUCGGGUUGCCGUUUGCAGUAUUAUUUACAGAAAGGCGUUAAGACUGUCACAAACUGCUUUGGGAGAAACGGCUCUAGGAAAAGUGGUCAAUUUGUUGUCGAACGAUGUGGGCCGCUUCGAUAUCGUUUCAAUGUUCUUACAUUCAAUGUGGUCGGCACCAUUAAUGGCAAUAAUUGUCGGCUAUCUGCUUUGGAUAGAAGCCGGAUGGGCUGGAAUGAUCGGUAUUCUUGUAGUUUUUGUGGUAGUUCCUCUCCAGUCAUACACGGGCAAAUUGUCGUCAAUAUUUCGACUGCAAACAGCGCUGCGAACCGAUGAGCGUGUACGGUUUAUGGACGAAAUUAUUUCGGGUGUUCAGGUUAUCAAAAUGUAUGCCUGGGAAAAACCAUUUGCUAAACUAAUUGCUCACGCCAGAAAACUGGAACUCAACAUCGUACGAAAAAAUUCGUACGUUCGUGGCCUCUACAUGACGUUCUUGUUGUUCACUACGCGCAUGGCUAUUUUCUGCACAAUGCUUUCCAUUGUACUGCUGUCGGGCAGUGAUCAAUUAACUGCAUCCAAGGUAUUUGUUAUAGCGGCGUACUUUAACAUUGUCGCCAGCACAAUGUCUCAGAUGUUUGUCCGUGGUGUGGCUGAAAUUGCUGAGGCAUUGGUUGCGUUCCGACGGUUGCAGAACUUUUUGGAGUAUGAGGAAAAAGAUUUGUGUCGAUUGGAAUAUUUGAAAAUAGCUGGUACUGGCUUGGAGUUGACGGACAAUAAAAAGUCCAAUAAUAGUGGAAUGGGAGACAAUGCAGUUUUGAUCAAAAAUGCAACAGCUCGUUGGAUUCCGCUGAACAAAACGGAAGUACAGAAAGAUGGCGAGAAAAAUGGGCACAAAUCUGAUUCGAACGGAACAGGCAACAAGAAAAUGGAGAAUGAAACUCGACAGAAUCCAACUUUGGAUUGCGUGAAUAUUGAUUUCAGGAAAGGCACACUGAUUGGUAUAGUUGGACCAGUAGGAGCUGGAAAAUCGACUCUGCUACAAACGAUCCUAAACGAAUUACCUUUAGAGUCGGGCGCCAUUUCCGUAAAUGGUAUCGUUUCCUAUGCCGCUCAAGAACCAUGGAUUUUCGCUGGAUCAGCAAGGCAAAAUAUUUUGUUCGGACAGGAAAUGAAUCGUCAUCGAUAUGACGAUGUGGUGAAAGUAUGUGCGCUAAACAAAGAUUUCGAACAGUUUGAGUUCGGUGACAGGACAGUCAUCGGAGAAAAGGGUACGUCGUUAUCUGGUGGUCAAAAGGCUAGAGUUAAUCUGGCGAGGGCUGUGUACCGGGAGGCGGAUGUUUAUCUAUUAGAUGAUCCUUUGAGUGCAGUGGAUGCGCACGUUGGUAAACAUUUGUUCAACGAAUGCAUCGGACCACAUGGUCGUUUGGCGAAAAGAGGUGCCACCCGAGUGCUUGUCACUCAUCAAGUGCAUUUCCUUAAAGAUGCUGAUUGGGUGGUCGUCAUUAGAGAUGGCAAAGUCGAAAUACAAGGUGCUCCCAACGAUUUAUCGAAGAGUGGUAUUGAUUUCGCUUCACUCCUCACUUCCGACGAUGUCAUAACUGAAGGAACUGAUGAAAAUUCACUGACUGCUAGAAGACUUAGUCGUACCGAUUCAAGGUCGUCUAUCAAGUCUUCGAAACAAUCGUUAACAGAGAACGACAUUAAGUUAGCCGAUGAAAGUAAAGCAAACGGAAAAUCGGUCGAAGCACUGCAGCAGAUGGAAGCUUCAUCGAAGGGACAAGUAAAAGGAUCGGUCAGCGGAACGUAUUUCACGUCAGGGGCAAAUUUUUUCGUCCUCAUCGUUGUCUUCAUUUUGUUCGCUCUGACACAGGUGUUGGCUAGUGGUGCCGAUUAUUGGGUGUCUUUUUGGACCAGUCAAGAGGAGCUCAGAAGUUACUACGCGAACGUAAAUAACUCUGAAGCGGAAUCGUCCUUUAACGAAACUGAGCCAAUCGAUUCAAAUGCAAGCCAUUUACUUACUACGGAAACUCUUAUUAACAUACAUGGCGGAUUGAUGGCCGCGCUGUUCACUAUAGCCUUAUGCAGAUCGCUCAGCUUCUAUACCAUUUGCGUUCGGGCGUCGCAGAAAUUGCACGAUUUCAUGUUCGACGGCAUCAUUUCAACGUCAAUGCGUUUCUUCGAUACGAAUCCAUCGGGGAGAAUUUUGAACCGAUUUUCAAAGGACAUGGGUGCAACGGAUGAAUUUUUGCCGAAAGCGAUAUUGGAUGCAACUCAAAUUAUUUUGAACAUGUUUGGUGCGAUCAUUGUCACAGCCAUAGUAAAUCCCCUAUUUUUGAUACCAGUCGGAGUUUUAGGCAUCUUCUUCAUUUACGUCCGGAAAGUCUAUUUGAAAACUGGCAAAAAUAUCAAACGUUUGGAAGGGAUCACUCGAUCACCCGUUUUCACACAUCUGGCUGCUUCGUUGGGCGGUUUAUCGACAAUCCGUGCCUUUGGUGCUCAGAAAAUUUUAAUCGAAGAAUUCGACAACCACCAAGAUAUUCACUCCGGAGCCUGGUACAUGUUCAUAACAACAAGUUCAGCGUUCGGACUUAGCCUGGAUGUCAUGGCACUUAUUUUUGUGGCUGUCAUAACGUUCACCUUUCUGGUAGCCGGUGAAGGAAUGAUGGGUGGUGAGGUCGGAUUGGCAAUAACGCAAGCAAUGGCUUUAACCGGGAUGCUUCAGUGGGGUAUCCGCCAAAGUGCUGAAGUUGCCAAUCAACUAAUGGCAGUCGAAAGAAUUCUCGAAUACCGAGAUUUGAAGCCUGAAACGACACCGGAAAAACCUCAAACACUAGCUAGCCAGUGGCCGGACAGCGGUAAAAUCGAAUUCCGAAACGUCGUUUACCGCUACUUUCCGGAAGCAGAACCAGUGCUAAAAGGACUUACGUUCGUCGUAAACCCGAAGGAAAAAAUUGGUAUCGUGGGCCGAACCGGCGCUGGCAAGUCAUCGUUGAUUGGUGCGAUCUUUCGAUUGGCUGUUGUUGAUGGCGAAAUUCUCAUCGAUAACAUUGAUACUUCGACCAUUAAGUUGAACGAUUUAAGGUCAAAGAUAGCAAUUAUUCCCCAAGAUCCUGUGCUAUUCUCGGGAACGUUGCGGAGGAACUUGGAUCCGUUUGAGGAAUAUCCGGACUCGAACAUUUGGCAAGCAUUGGAUGAGGUUGAAUUGAAAGAUAUUGCUAGUGGACCACUGGGGCUUCAGAGUUCCGUUAUGGCUGGCGGAAGCAAUUACAGCGUUGGUCAAAGACAGUUGAUCUGUUUGGCACGAGCAAUAUUGCGCAAGAAUAAUAUUCUUGUUUUAGAUGAAGCUACAGCGAAUGUGGACCCCCACACUGACACACUAAUUCAGCAAACAAUACGAGAAAAAUUUGCAGAUUGCAGUGUGCUCACAGUGGCACAUCGUCUGCAUACCAUUAUGGACUCAGACCGUGUCCUGGUCAUGGACUCGGGCAAAGCUAUUGAAUUUGCGGCACCGCACGAAUUGAUGCAAACGAAAAACGGAAUAUUUUAUGAAAUGGUACACACAUUGGGUCCUCAGGAAGUUGACCGAUUGACGAGAAUUGCAGCUGAGAAGUUUAAGUCCACCCACUGAAUUUGUAAUUACUUAAUUUCGUUUCUUAAUUUUACUGUCACUUGCGUGUAUACUUAAAUUGAUUAAAUAAAAACAAAACAAAAA